AUGGCACGCAGUGCAAUCAACGCUGAGAGCGGCGCACCUCGGCGAAGUCAGAGAAAUAUCAAGGCCAACAGCACAAGCAACGGGACUAUAAAAAAUGAGGCAGAUUUGUCUGACCCUUACCCUCAUGCUAAUCACAAAGCUACCGCAACAACUCCAAAGAGUGGCAGAGUGAAGCGGGUGAAACCAGAGGAGGAGCCAGGCCUAGGAGCCCCUGAAGCAUUGGAAUCAUCCACUCCAAAGUCGCGUAAAAGAAUCAAGAGGGAAGCCAGCGCAAGUGAGAACGUGAAAGAAGAGUCGCCAAGUCCAAGGAAGGUCAAGAAAGAAAAGACCAAAGCCGACAAGGCAGCAGAUUUACAAGCGAAAAAGCUAAAGCAGUAUGCACAAUUUAGCAAAGCAUCACCCUUUCCAGACUUUGCGCACCCGACUCCCGAGGAAUGCAAAUUGGCGCGCAAGAUUCUCGUGAACCUUCAUGGCGACCGCCAGCGGCCAGAGGAAGUGGUGGCGCCAACAAACCGCGCUGGUUGCGGCGACUCGCGGUCAGUUCUGGAUGCGCUCGUGCGGACCAUUCUGAGCCAGAACACGAGCGACAAGAACAGCACGCGUGCCAAGCUGUCCAUGGACAAGGCCUACGGCGGUAGCGACAAGUGGGACGCCAUUGUCGAAGGUGGACAGGCCAAGCUGCAGAAGACGAUUGAGUCGGGUGGGCUAUCGCAAUCCAAGUCGCGCGUCAUUAUCGACAUUUUGCAGCAGGCCAAGGCAAAGUACGGCACCUACUCACUCGACCACCUCUUUGAGGCCAGCGACGAGGAUGCUAUGCGGGAGAUGCUUGCGAUGCAUGGAGUAGGACCCAAGACGGCCAGCUGCGUGCUUCUCUUUUGCCUCCGCCGUGAGAGUUUUGCCGUCGACACGCACGUCCACCGAAUAACGGGACUCCUGGGCUGGCGGCCACGGGAUUGUUCCCGGGAGGAAUCGCACGCCCACCUCGACGCCCGCAUCCCUGAUGAGGACAAGUACGCCCUGCACAUACUCAUCAUCAACCAUGGAAAGCGUUGUGACGAGUGCAAAGCGGGUGGGAAGAAUACAGGCAAAUGCGAGCUAAGAAAGGCAUUCAGGGGAGGCAAAAUCAAGGGUGAGGCGGGUGAGGCCGUCAAGGAGGAAGAGAUUGAAAAGAUCAAGGAAGAGGAGAGCGAGUCAGAGACGGAGAAGGAUGCCAUUGCGCAUGCUGUCGAAUCGACUUAG